AUGAACACAGUGCUUGUGUGUGUGGUGCUUGUCGCCCUUGCGGUUGCGACUGCUGCCCAGGACCCGGCCUCGUCGUGGCUCUCGUACGCAGAGUACAGCGCUGACGAUUCGAUUACCUUCCUUGCGGCCAACUGGACGGUGCCCGCGUACCCGAGUGACAAGUUUGCGUCGCGCGCGCCAGGGUUCUGGAUCAGCGUGGAGAACGCGGACAACACGUACCUUGUGCAGCCGAUUCUGGCCUUUGGCGACGGUGAUCUGCAUUACACGUGCUUCAACGGAUGGUUUGUGUGGAGCGGCCCGCAUGCCGGCUGGCACCAGUCGCAGGCGUUCAAGGUUGUGCCUGGCGAUGCCAUCUACGCCUCGAUCACCUACCUGCCGUCGACCGAUGAGUAUGAGAUGUACAUCGCCUGCGAGGCCAAGGGCCAGUCGGUGACGACCAAGGUCCCGGCGCAGGGCGUCAAGUACCCGCUCAGCUACUUUGUCGUCGAGCACCAGUCGUCGUGCUCGGGUCUCCCGGCCGACGGCAAGGUGACCUGGACCAACAUCGAGGUCGAGGUCGCCAACAACCGCGUCACGCCCACUUGGCAGGCCAAGCAGGAGGACCCGGUCUGCUCCUCCCAGGCCCAUAUCCUCUCGCCGUCAUCGAUCCAGGUCACUUGGGACGCGUAG